AUGGAGGCUGUGGGCACCUGGGCGCUGCUGUUGCUGUUGCUGCUGGUGGUGGUGCUGACGCUGGCGCUGCCCAGGACCCGGGCGCGAGGCCACCUGCCCCCUGGGCCCGCGCCACUGCCGCUGCUGGGGAACCUGCUCCAGCUCCGGCCCGGAGCGCUGUACUCGGGGCUCCUGCAGCUAAGUAAGAAGUAUGGACCAGUGUUCACUGUGUACCUGGGACCUUGGCGGCGUGUGGUGGUCCUGGUCGGACACAAGGCUGUACGAGAGGCUCUGGGAGACCAGGCAGAGGAGUUCAGUGGACGAGGGACAUUGGCCACACUGGACCGGACCUUUGAUGGCCAUGGGGUUUUCUUCUCCAAUGGAACACGGUGGCGGCAGCUGAGGAAGCUUACCAUGCUUGCUCUCCGGGACGUGGGCAUGGGGAAGCCAGAAGGUGAGAAGCUGAUCCAGGCUGAGGCCCAGUGCCUGGUGGAGGCGUUCCGUGAGACCGCAGGACAGCCAUUUGACCCCUCUCUGCUGCUGGCCCAGGCCACCUCCAAUGUCGUCUGCUCCCUCACCUUUGGCCUCCGCUUCUCAUAUACGGACAAGGAAUUUCAGGCUGUGGUCCGAGCGGCUAGUGGCACUCUGCUGGGGAUAAGCUCCCCGUGGGGCCAGUCCUACGAGAUGUUCUCCUGGCUCCUGCAGCCCCUGCCGGGCCCCCACAAACAGCUCCUCAGCCACGUGGGCACCCUGGCUGCCUUUGCUGUCGAGCAGGUACAGCGGCAUCGGGGAAACCUGGACCCCUCAGGCCCUGCCUGUGACGUCGUAGAUGCAUUCCUGCUGAAGAUAGCACAGGAAGAACAAGACCCAAACACAGAGUUCACCGAGAAGAACUUGCUGAUGACAGUCAUUUAUCUGCUGUUUGCCGGGACGGUCACAGUCAGCGCCACAGUCUGCUACACCCUCCUGCUGCUUCUGAAGUACCCUCAGGUCCAAGAGCGGGUGCACAAGGAGCUGACGCAGGAGCUGGGCACUGGCCGGGCACCAGGCCUGGGGGACCGUGCCCGCCUCCCAUACACAGAUGCUGUUUUGCAUGAGGCACAGCGGCUGCUGGCACUGAUACCCAUGGGUGUACCCCGCACCCUCACUCAGACAACCAGCUUCCGAGGGUACACUCUGCCCCAGGGCACUGAGGUUUUCCCCCUCCUUGGCUCUGUUCUACACGACCCUGAGGUCUUCGAACAACCAGAGGAGUUCAACCCAGGCCGUUUCCUGGAUGAGCAUGGAAGGUUCAAGAAGCAAGAGGCGUUCCUACCCUUCUCCUUAGGCAAGCGCGUCUGCCUUGGGGAAGGCCUGGCGCGCUCAGAGCUCUUCCUCCUCCUCACCACCAUCCUACAGACCUUCUCCCUGGACAGCCCGUGCCCACCGGGUGCUCUGAGCGUGCAGCCAGCUGUCAGUGGCUUCGCCAACAUUCCCCCAGCCUUCCAGCUGCAGGCUCUACCCCGCUGA